AUGCGCCUCCAAGCGUUCUUAUCCAUCCCGGUCGCGUGGGCGGCAGCUAUUGAUGUCAGCGAGAAUGCUGUUGACUCGGAGCCAUGUGCGCAGAUCUCCAAAUUGGUAGCAGAUGCCAAUGCAAGUCAAUCGGUCGCUCGCAUACCGCAAGAUUUGACCCGCCAAUGUUUGAUGUCUAUGCCAUUUGAAUCUGCUCUAGCAUUAUCCUUUCUGGACGAAGCGAAGAAAUACCUCCAGUUCCAGUCAACCGUCGAUAUUCUCAAAUUUCCACCUUCUGGGUAUCCACUACCAUCUACAGACCUGCUUGAAGGCAUCGGUGCGAUUUCAAAGAAGGCCAAAAGCAAUGGAUACUCGAGCCAGUUUCAAAUGGAUCUCGAUGUCUCUAAUCUCAUCAAGUCAGCUCAUGAUGGACACCUAGUCUUCCAAUUAUGCUCACAGGCGAUCUUCGACUUGGCUAUUGACUUACCACUGGUGUCCAUUUCGUCUGACGGACUGAAGCUACCAGAGAUCUACACCUUGGGUACGUGCUGGAAUCGAUACACCGGAGCAAGCAAAGCUGAUAGAUUGGAAGACGACGCUAAAAUCCUUCAAACUGGGUCGGACAACGUAUCUGCUUUGACGUUGAUCAAUGGUACCGAGGCAGCCAACUUUCUAUCGACAUAUGCAGCUGGCCAAAGUCUACAAGACAAAGACGCGCAAUACAAUCGUAACUUUCCAGCAGUAGCCCGCAACUUCGCGAACACGCCCACGGAUCCCAAUGGUAUCUGGUUCCGAACAACCGAUUGGAGUGAAGGCUCUCUAAUGACCUUGACCUUUGACAAUGGGACGACUCGCACAAUCGAGAAGAAAGCUAUUCCGAAAGAGAGGCUAUUUGCCUACAAGAAUGGCACCAGCUUGUACAAAAGCCAUUGUAUUCCUCGGGGGCUUCCCAAGGCCAAGAAUGCCAUCGCAACUGAAACUGAGGAGGCCGCCUCCGUCCCCGGACUUCCGAAUACGCAGUGGCGCAAUUCGGUUAAUACCAUUGCCGGAUUUUACUCGAACAUGACCGGCCUCGAAGAUACAGCAAUCAUGUUCCUGCCUUCAUUUGCCUCUAGUCCGGGCGAGGCAGCUCAGAUCGCUGUCAAUUUCUUGCAAAAUGCCACCGCUGCAGGCAAGAAGAACAUCGUGAUCGACGUAUCGGCGAACCCUGGAGGCUAUCUUUCUUAUGGGAUCGAUCUUGCCCGUAUCUUCUUCCCUGAUGCUGAGCCCUACACGGGGACGAGAUAUCGGGCACAUACGGCGGCAAAGUACCUCACAGAGGCAUUCGCGGCCUCGGACACCCCAGAUUCCAGCAAUGCUUUUGCUUACAGAGAAAUGGUGAAGCCAGGUCAGAAGAGCGGCUUCAGUUCCUGGCAGGAUCUUUAUGGGCCCGAGGUUAUCCUGGGAAGUCCUUCGUCCAACCUGCUGGCAAAUUUCAAUUACUCUGCAACCUCCACUGCCACUUAUCCCAUCAAUGGCUAUGGCUCUGUACCUUUGAUCCCCAGACAACCACCUUUUCCGGCCAAGAACAUCACGAUAGUGAGUUUCCCAAUCCACAGAGAUCUAAGUUUGUUCCAGGCCGCUACGCAGAGCAGAAGCGAAGGCAAGAGACAGAUUGCUAACCCUGAACACAUAUCUCAGGUCACUGACGGAGACUGUGCCUCGACAUGUGCUAUCUUUGUCAAACUCAUGAAACGCCAAGGUGUCCGCACCAUAGCUUUUGGUGGCCGGCCCAACGAAUCCCCCAUGCAAGGAGUCGGUGGUGUCAAGGGCGGCCAAUCUUUAGGAAUCAAUAAUAUCAACGGCUAUAUCCAGCAAGCCAACCAGUUGAUCUUGGACUCGAUGAACACCUCAUCCCCAAUACUGACUUUGGAGGAAUGGCGGGAGUUCAACGAAUCAAGUCCAGGUCGGAUAACGUCCUUUGCGUGGAGUGGGAAUGUCAACCUUCGAAACGAAUACGAUCCGGACGACGAUCAGAUUCCGCUGCAGUUCAGGUACGAAGCGGCGGAGUGUCGACGUUUCUACACACUUGAGAAUUAUCUAGGGCGGGAAACUGUCUGGCGAGAUGCAGCACAGUCAAUGUUUGGUGAUGGAGGCUGUGUAAAGGGUUCAACUGGUGGAAAGGGAAGCUUGGGUCCAGUUACUGGAUCAUGA